AGGCCCGGCGCUGCCUAGAUAAUACGAUGGAAGCGUCCCAAGCCGCUAAGGGGAUACUGCCCAACGUUGAAAUAUGUAUAGCGAUACAGUAAGUGUGUUGAUAGACUUGGGUGAUAAGCCGCAGAUCAAUGUAUCUACGGCUUUGGUGUGUACAAGGGGACCAAGACUAUGAUCCUGGGUCUUCUAGACCUUCACUUUCCUCUAUUAUGACAUGCAUAGACAAGGGAGACCACUACCGUUUCUGAUAUCAGUCUAUAUAUAACCUCCUUUCCCACUCACUAAUUCCCGUCUUACCUACCUAGGUGUGUCUGCUCACUUACGGAUAAAGCUAUAUCGACCUUGAGGACCUAGCAGAAUUUGACUUUCACUCAGCGCAACUCCAAAACGUUAAAACGGUAUACGCGUUCGACGCCGAGGGCCGCAUAGUCGUCGCACGAGCACGAUUACAUCAUCGAGGCGUCCGAGGGGUGGAGGAGAAAGAUCUGUGUGGUGAGACAGAGAAGCUUUGCGGAGCAUAACGAUCGAGUUUAUAACUUAAAAAUACCCGUCGACGCAUAAUCUGAGACGGUGACGCGGAAGUCUACCUCCUUAAUUCCCCCAAGGACGAAAAUUUCGGGCGCAGAAUCCGUCGGUUUCGUUGCGAGAUCCAACAUUGUCGGCUACGUCUUAUACGAAAAGCAUAGUGAAUAGAGAAGCACUCGAGAUGAUUGUCUCGUACUUGGCCUCCGCGGCGCUGUCCGCGAUAUUCUACAGUAGCCUCGCCUCCGCCGAACCGGUGCAAUACUGCCCAGUAGAAGACAUAUGCUACCAAGUAGCAGUGCCGACAUCCUCCGCCGAUUCGAACGGGGGCAACAUCUACCUACAGCUACGCGCACCAACAUCAUACUCAUGGGUAGCCUUCGGAACAGGGUCCGCAAUGGCAGACUCGAACAUCUUCGUGAUGUACUCAUCCGGCACGGGGAACGUAACCGUAUCAGCGCGCGCCGGGACAGGACACACGAUGCCGCGACACAACGCGAUGAUCCAGCUGGAGCUUCUCGGGGGCAGCGGGCUGACGAACAACGACGGGACGAUGAUCGCGAACCUGCGGUGCGGGAACUGCGGGUCGUGGCCGGGCGGGUCCGUAAGCCUGUCCUCGCAAUCGGCGUCGUGGAUCGCCGCGUGGAAGGAGGGGGCUGCGAUCGACAGCACCGACACCGACGCCGCGAUCCGGUACCACGACGCGCAUGACGCAUGGACGUUCGAUCUGACGCAGGGCGUGGUGACUGAUGACUCGAACCCGUUCUUAGGAGUCCGGCAGUUCGAUAAUAAUAACCGGGGUGUGGGCCGGGGUAGUUUCGCGGACCCGCGGACGUUGGUUCUGGGACACGGCAUCAUUAUGGCCGUCGUCAUGGUGCUUCUGUAUCCCCUGGGCUCGUCGCUUAUGCCGCUUUUCGGGAAAUGGAUUCUGCACGCCUCGUGGCAGUUCCUGGCUUUCCUGCUCAUGUGGGCUGGGUUUGGGUUGGGUAUUGUGGCUUCGCAGCGCAUUCGCCUUGACUUCAACUCAACACACACGCUCCUAGGCACGGUCGUCGUCUGUCUGAUGGUCGUACAGCCCGUGCUUGGCUGGGUGCACCACAGAUACUUCGUCAAGAACCAAACCCGAGGUCUAGUGUCGCACGCUCAUAUCUGGUACGGCCGAGCUCUGCUCAUCAUGGGCGUAGUGAAUGGCGGGCUCGGUCUGCAGCUAGCAGACGCCUCCCAGACCUUCGUGAUCGCGUACUCGGUCGUUGCUGGCAUUAUGUUCGCUGUCUACAUCGCUGCCGCCGUGUUCGGUGAAUUCCGACGUCGCAGACGCAUUGAACAAGAGAAGAGUUUCUGAUCUGAUCACUUCUGAUCCGGGUUAAGGUGUGUUGGGGAUAUGAGAGAUAUAUGGGAUGGUGGGGAUACUUAUAAACUUCUUGGGUGUUUAGAUAGGGGUUGGACUUGCAAAAGAAAUGGGUAGGGUAUACACAUACACACGAGAGACUGGAUAUCACUUACCUAUCCAUGUCCUGUCUUUAUCGGUCUAGCUUAACGACCUGGGUUUAUGUUCCAUGAGGUUGUUAUGGGUUACGUUAUUAUAUUUUAGAUAAUAUUGCUUUAAUGAUACUCGACGAUUCAUGUAGUUGACUUAUACCCGAUGUGUAGACUCUUGAAAUUGGGUAAAGAUUCAGGGUGGUGAUUGCUAGGGAUAUCACGUGAACCGUGAAUCAAUACUGAGUGCUCAGGUAGGUACAAUACCUUUUGGAUUGGCCAUCGUCCACGGUCCAUUUCGUAAUAAUAGAUAUGUAUCGGCUAAUACGUAAUAUAGCGUAUUAUCCAUCAUAUGUUGAACAGGAAUUAGAAGGUCCAGUAGAAAAAGUCAGUGAGUC